AUGUCGACGAGCGCAUCGCUUUCAGUACAUGAAGGAGUAUCGUGCGAUGGUUGCAUGAGAGGAAAUUUCACGGGAAACCGUUAUAAAUGUCUUCGAUGUUAUGAUUUUGAUUUAUGCUUCCUCUGCUAUACAAGAAAUCAGUUCAAUGAACCUGGGGGGAGUCAAGUUAAUGUAACUCAUCAUGAGGAGCAUCCGAUGCAGUUGAUUUUGUCUCAAAGAGAUUUUGAAAUUUGUUAUGAAGGAGACCCCAGUAAAAACUUUGACAUCUGUAAAAUUGUAUCAUUCACUUGUCCAUGCUGUGGAAAUGAUGGACAUAGUGUUAGAACUUUAAUUUCUCAUAUUCUUCAAUGCCACUUAGGUCCUCAUCCUGAAAUACCUAUGCUUUGCCCAAUUUGUAUAGCUUAUCCAGAAUUUGAUUCUACUAGAACUGUUCAAGACAUGAGGUCACACAUGUCCACAAUGCACGGAAAUUUCGUGGAUGCCAAUUAUCGUUCACCCGUUGAACCCAGUAUGCGGAAUGUGAGAAGGCCUACCCUAGCUCGACGUACACAACGAGCCCCUCCUCCACCUGCUGCUAACAUUGCUACCCUGGCUAUGGGUUGGACAACAGAUUUGACGGAUGUGGAUGAGAUGUUCAGGAUGGUUGCAAGAGUUCCUACCAUGCAGACAAUCGCAAAUUCAUUCACUAUCGGUGGACCUGUAGCAGCUCCUGUCCCUCCCGCCCAGUUGCAAAGAAUGGGGCAACUCAUCGAGCAACAGCAUGAUCAAAUUCAGCGGCGGUUACGUCAGCAGGAGAAUACCUUACUCGCGCCUCAAACGACUCAGAACCCAACCCAAGUGCAAACGCAACCACUCGUACAGACUGAAACCACUGCUAGAGCGAAUGCUGGACAAGGAAUUCUUUCACUUUCUCUAAACUCGAACGGGGCAAGAUCAAACUCAUCGGCUGUUCAUCUAGCCAAUGAGUAUGCUCAGCCCCGUCAAUCGAGUGCAACCCAACGAACUCAACUAUCUUCUUUGAGUGUAUCUAGGGUUCUGGGGCUUCACCCUAUAUACCCUAGACGAGUGCACGAAACCAGUUCCUCAUCGAAUUCAGCUGAUGAGUUCGAACCGUACGAUGACUUAAUCGAGGUUGAUGCUAAUGGAGAUCCGGUUGGAUCACCUCGUUUAGAUGAUAUCAGUACGGAAGAGGAGUCACCAAGACUCGAAGAUAAGUUACCUUCCACUGUUGGAGAUAUGUCGAAAUUGUUGGAAGGAGGUGUUGAACCAGAAGAUGACAAAGGUGACGAAACUACUGGAGGUGAUUUCGAAUUAGAGGAAGGAGAUAAGGAGGAAAACGAUGCCAGUACUGCCCGAUCUUUCUUCACUGAUGGAACAUUCUCUUGGAAUCCCGAAGUUACUAUUACAGCUGAAGAUAUAGAAAAAGCUAUGAGGUCUACGCUAACAGCAGAUGAAUUGGAAAGUAUAGAAGAAGCUCUCAGAGAAGAAACGGUUGCCGACCAAGAUGAGCCACCUGUAGAUGUCACGAAAAACAGAAAAACCACUGAUCCUCUAACCUCACAACACUGGAUGACUCUACAGUUCGAAGUUCCACCCCUAUCAAACUUUGGAUCAGGUGGAUAUUGGCAUGAUAAACGAUUUUUAAGGCAUAGAAAAACUUUCAAAGACAUUAAUGAUAAAAGUAGCUAUGAAGAUUCCAUAGAAAGAACCGAGAUUGCAUUGGCGUUGAUGAGGACUACCCUCGGACCAUUGAAUGGUCUCUCUGACGGAAAGAUGUACAGUAAGCCUGACGAUUCCAUGAGGAGUAUAUUGGAAAAUAAACCUUAUCCCCUUUUGACGGGUUUACAAACUCAUUUAAUUCCGUUUGCGAGAAAUAGAAAAGAGGAUGCCUUCGGGAACGCUAGUCAGCGUAUUGGAAGCAACAGAGCCUUUUCUUCUUUACCAUUUAUAAAUGAGGCUUUGUCUCAAUUGGAAUUAGCAGAAGGAGAUCGAGCUUCAGGAGAAGAAGAAGAUCCAGACGCCAAUGAAAGGACUGACGGCCAAGACUCGACUAAUGCUCUGCGUAAUGACAUGGACGAUGACAUUGACGAUGACGAGGAAUCAAGUAGACAGGAUGAAGACGACUUUCCUACUUUAUAA